AUGUCGGAUCACGGCGAUACACCUUCACCCCGGUCGUCAUCGGAGCAGGCAAGCUCCAUGUCUCCUCCUCCCGCGCCUGCCUCAACCACCGAGCCUACAUCGUCCUCCAAGAAGCGCGCCUCAGUAGCGGGAGAGGGCAAGGCCACCAAGCGACGGGCCGCGCGGGCUUGUGUGUCCUGCCGGGCUCGCAAAGUGCGGUGCGAUGUUGUUGAGGGCGCCCCUUGCGGGAAUUGCCGUUGGGACGACGUGGAAUGCAUCGUUCAGGAAAGCCGCAGGCGGAAAAAAACUCUCCCGUACAACUGCGGCCCUGCAUCAGCGGGGGCGCGUACUGGGAGUGCCGAGGCACUGCGCACCAAAAGUAUAGGCGCUGCUCCUCCCAUUAUUACGGCCAAUCUUGCGAAGCAGCAGCAACACCAGCGGCCGCAACAACCAACUUUUGUUUCCCAUGGAUCCUUUUCUAUGCCUACCAACGGGGCCAACGGUGGACAGGCCGCUUCAAAUUUACUGUACCAACCGAGCGCUGGUGCAUUCACCGCUCCUGCGUCGGCGACCCUGACCGACUUCUCUCCGGCGACUGCCGGCAUCCCGGAGUCCCCGGCCCUCCUUCACCCGCUCUUCCGGACCGCUCUCGACCGGGCCCACCAUGAGUGGCCGGCGUUCAUCAAGCCCAUUCCGGAUCGGAUCCUGUCCGAAGACCGGCAGUACCUCGUUCAGAAGCAGGUCUUCUCAUUACCGCCCUUACCUCUUCAGAAUGCUCUGCUUGCAGCCUAUGUCGAGUUUGUGCAUCCUUACAUGCCGCUCUUGGAGCUGCAAGACCUGCUUCGGGUGAUCAACGACCGGACCGGGGCGUCGGGCAAACUUAGCCUGUUCCUGUACCAUGCCGUCAUGUUCUCGGCUACCGCCUUUGUGGACGAGAUCCUUCUGAAGGAAGCGGGCUACGAUAGCCGUCGCGAUGCCAGAAGAGCCUUCUUCUCUCGGACAAGGCUCCUCUACGACUUCGAUUACGAGACGGACCGUUUGAUCCUCGUACAAGGUCUGCUGCUUAUGACAUACUGGUACGAGACGCCAGACGACCAAAAGGAUACAUGGCACUGGAUGGGCGUUGCUAUCUCACUCGCCCACACCAUCGGUCUCCACCGCGAUCCGGCCAAGACACCCAUGGUUCCACAGAAGCAGAAGUUGUGGAAGCGUAUCUGGUGGUCCUGCCUCAUGCGUGACCGCCUCGUCGCCCUCGGCAUGCGACGCCCGACCCGGAUCAAGGGCGAAGACUUCGACGUCCCCGUGCUCAACGAGGAUGAUUUUGAGAUCGCCGCCCUCCCUGAGGAGAACCAAUUGCUCGGACCCGAGUGCGCUUUGAUCCGCGACAUGGAGAUGCAGCGCGAGCUUGCCAUCAUGUGCAUCGAAAAGGCCAAGCUGUGCAUGUUCAUCGGCGACAUGCUCAGAGUGCAAUACUCGGUCCUCAGCCGCAGUGGUAUGGGUCCGGAGCACACCACCAACAGCACACACAUGUUGCUGCCCAACAAGAACGGCGAGAACAUGGAGGAAGUCGAGAAUGUCGACCGCCAUCUCCAAGAUUGGCUCGCCAGCCUUCCUACAGCCUGUCAGCACCGGCCCCUCAACACAACGAACGUUACCGAGGCCAACAAGGUCCUGGCCGUGCAGCGUAACCUCUUACACAUGAUUUACCACACCACUAUCUCUGCGUUGCACCGCCCGCUCUUCCUCCCUGCCUCGCCUACCGAAGGCCCCAGCACCCCCGUCGACGUGCAGGAGACUGCCCGCCAGCGGGUCCGCGAAGCGGCCGAGAACAUCACCCGCAUGGCUGCCGAGAUGCGCCAGCACAACCUCGAGCGAUUCCUCCCCACCACGGGCGUGACUGUAAUCCUCCCGGCUAUGAUUGUCCACAUGCUCGACACCAAGAGCCAAGUCCCAGAAACCCGCGACUCCGCGAUCCAAGGCUUAAAAGAAUGCCUUACCGUCAUGAGCAAUCUGCGCAACAUCUAUGCCGCGGCCGAUUUUGCAACCGGGUUCCUCGACGCUCUCCUGCGCAAGGGCAUGCUCGGCCAACAACAGGGCUCGCCUGCUCCCGCGCCUGGCCCCACUGCUGCCACACCGGUGGGCAUGAAGUCUUCCAAGAUGCUCCAUCGUGUCCUUGCCCCGGCACUAAACAUCAGCCCCCAGGGCAUGCUGUCAGGAAUGGCCGACCGGUCGUCGACCCCGCCACCUGAGAACGUGUUCCUGAACUUGCGAACGACCGCCAACGACAACAACCGGAACAAUAUGUUCACCGCCGCACGUUUUUCGCAAGAACCCCCAACCACCAUGGCCCCGACUGCCGCGCAAUUCAUCCCCGAUACCAACGCCGACGACAGCUCCGUUGACUUGUCCGCCCUCGCAGCGGCCGUUGGUGCCGCCACCCCGCCUCACACCGACAGCGAGGAUGCCGAUGUGGAGAUGGCCAAUAUGGCUGAUACCAUCAUCGGUGCUGUCGGCUUGGACUUGAGCGGGGCUAACGCGACUCUUGGUGGGUUCGGGGACGGCGUCACGCCCGGUGGCGGACCGGUUGUGGGUAACCUCGACUUUGACCAGUGGCUACAGUUCCCUGCCGAAGGAGGGCUGAGCACUUCAGAUGACUCGUUUAUGGGCGGUAUGUUUGCUGCGGGAGCUAGUGAGCACCAGCCUCUCCAAGGGGGGUUGGAGCUUGGAAGUGAGUGGAUGAGCCUGCCGGAGGGUAUUAGCCAUUAA